AUGGCUUCACUCUGCACCACACUUCUCUUUUGUCUCCUCCAAAUCCUAUCUUUAGCCGCAGCCGCAGAGAAGCAUCGUAGACCCGGCUUCCUCUACACUCGCAGCAGAGGAAGAUGCACGGCGCAGUUCUGGAGCGGGAGGAGGGAGGCGUGGCCGAGGAUGGUUCCGGAGACAUCGACGGUGUCGAACGUGUUCGGGUCCCGGGUGCAGGAGCACUACAGAUCGGAUCUGACAUUGGUGGAAGCCACCGCGAGGAACGACGAGGAGAGUAACCCGUUCGGAGGGUUGGUGAAGGAGGGAACCGCAGCGUUGCUCAACUCGUAUGCUAGAGAGGGUUUUCCUUACAAACCCUGGCAGGUUAAGACUUUGGUCAUAAAAGCGCUGGUGUCGCAAGCUGAAGCUGCAUCUCAAGCCAAUAUCUUCUUGUUGGCUAACCAGGCUUGCUCCUAA